AUGGAUUUUCAUUAUGAUUUUGAAGAUGAAAAUAGCAUGUCAUUUUUAGAAAAAGAAAAAGAAAAAGAAAUUGAAAACAAUGUAGUCCCACUCUCUAUAUCAAAAUAUAAUGAUGAUAUUGAUAUCGUUCAGUAUUACGAUAAACUUUUUUCAUUUGAGGAAAAAAAAGAAGAAUGUAUAAAGAAGCCUUUGGUGGAUCUUGAUAUGAUCCUUACUCUUGAUGACUCUGAUGUUGAUACAAAUAGUAAAAAGUAUCAAGAAAUAUUAAAUAUUUUAAAAAAUAAAGAAGAAGACCCAAUUAUGUAUGAUGAGUUUUUCGAUACAAUUAUCAAAAGCAAAGACACAACCGGGUUUCUAAAUGGUCGAGAUAAAGAGGUGGAGGAAGAUUUUCCAGACGAAACAUACGAUAGUGAUUACUUUAAAAACAGUCUUUAA